UCAGCAUCAGCUGCUAUAAUCAGCCUACGCGAGGUGAUUCCCAGUGUUAGGGCUUAUCUCCCUUCCUCGGAACAUAUUUACAUCUUAACGCAUCACAUCCAGACGUUGGGACAGAAACGGCAAUAGUCCAGCCGGAAUCAUGUCUGUUGCGGGACUGAAGAAGCAAUUCCACAAAGCGACUCAGAAAGUGAGUGAAAAGGUUGGAGGAGCAGAGGGAACUAAAUUAGAUGAAGACUUUAUGGAUAUGGAAAAGAAAGUCGACACCACCACAAGGGCGGUGAUGGACAUUAUGACCAAGACAACAGAGUACCUGCAGCCCAAUCCAGCAACUCGUGCUAAGAUGAGUAUGAUGAGCUCCAUGUCUAAAAUCCGUGGAGGGGAUAAAGGUCCUGGCUACACACAGACCGAAGCUAUCUUGGGAGAGUCGAUGCAAAAGUUUGGCAGGGAGCUUGGCGAAGAAUCCAACUUUGGUCUGGCUUUGAUUGAAGUUGGAGAAGCCAUGCGAGAACUAGGUGAAGUUAAAGACGCUCUAGACAUGGAGGUCAAGCAGAACUUUAUUGAUCCCUUGCAGAAUAUGCAAGAAAAAGACUUAAAGGAGGUCCAGCACCACCUGAAGAAGCUGGAGGGGCGACGGUUGGACUUUGACUAUAAGAAGAAACGGCAAGGCAAAGUGACAGAUGAUGAGAUCAAACAGGCGCUGGAAAAGUUUGAUGACACAAAGGAGGUUGCCGAACAAAGCAUGUUUAACAUUCUGGAGAGUGAUCAGAUCGAACAGGUCAGUCAGCUUUCGGCCCUGGUCCAGGCGCAGGUGAACUAUCAUAGACAGGCUGCAGAGAUCCUUCAGCAGCUGUCCAGCAAGAUGGAGGACAGAAUAAGAGAUGCUUCCUGUAAGCCGAGAAGAGAUUAUGUUCCCAAACCUCGAACCUCCAUGGAUUUGAGUGAGCACCAUAAUGGGAAUAGUGGUCCCUGUGGACGCUCCAGGUCUCCAGCUCCGAUGGACCAGCCGUGCUGUCGGGCACUAUAUGAUUUUGACCCUGAAAAUGAAGGUGAGCUAGGCUUCAAGGAAGGUGACAUCAUCACCUUAACCAACAAGAUUGACGACAACUGGUAUGAAGGAAUGGUCAACGGGCAAUCUGGUUUCUUCCCUGUUAACUAUGUAGAUAUCCUGGUAGCUUUGCCACACUAAGUCCUAUGCAUGUGUACCCUAUGACCUGACCAAUCAGAACACAAACGGCACAAAAAAGCUAUAUUGUUGGCAUUUGUGCAAAUGAAAUAAACCAUGAAGAUUUGGGGUGCCCUUAUGUUAUAAAAAUAUUAUUCCUGAGUUGGAAUGCUGCCACAUUUGUUGUAGAUUUUAUUUUAUUUUUUUGAGGUUGAUCAGGCCUCUCUGCAUUGUCUGCUGCUACACCUCCUGUAUGUUCUGACAUGAUCUAAUCUUAUUUCUGUUUUUUUUUUUAGCAAUAAAAAGUCAGCAAUAAAAUAAAAUCACUCUUUCAGUAUUAAGCUGCAAACUGUUAAUUAAAGGGACAGUUCACCCAAAAAUGAAAAUUCCGUCAUUUUCUCACCGUCAUGUCGUUCCAAACCUGUGGCUUUCUUCAGCAGAACACAAAUGAAGAUGUUUAGAAGAAUAUUUCAGCU